AUGAAUGCCUGGCUAGCUGACGCCUCGAACCUCCCAAGCCAUGACAAUGGGGCUUUCCAUCCAACAACCAUUGAUCCCUCUGCGGCUUUCCUCCACGCUUCUCCCACCCCUCAAGACCCCAAUCAAUUCCAGCGCAUGUUCAAUGGCGUACCGCGAAAUGCAUCUCCGGGCUUUCACAACCCCAACCAAGUGAUUCCGUCCAAACGGGCUCGCCCGGAUGAUGGUAUUGCAAUGUCACCUAGACAAGCACCGGGCGGGGUUGCAGCAUCGCGGUCUCAGACGCCUCACCAAGUGCCUUUCCCGGGAUAUCAGGGUCCAACGAAUGGCGCCCCGCAGUUUCCCCCAACACCGUACCAGCACCUCCAACAGGGGGCUUCUCCCAGUGUGACUCAAUCGCCCAUCAUGCAGGAAUUCGACCAGCAUGGUGCCCAGAGAAUGGGAACCGCAUCCCCGAGUCCGUUUACCCCCGCCGGCCCUCAUGUUGGCCAACAGAUGUCGCCAUCUCAACCAGAUCACCCGAGCCGUGUGAAUACUCCGCAAAAUAACACAUUCAUUCCUGGCCAGCCGUUUCCUCAGGGGGUGGGGCCCCAGUUCCCUCCAGCCCCGGCAAUGACCUCUGCUACUGUACAGGCCCCGAUGCAAGCGCAGUUUGGUGGUAUGCCACAGGGGUACCAGCAAGCCAUGGCUGCCCAACAACAGCGGUUGCAUGCUAUGCAGGUUCAGAACCAAACUCGUGCGAUGAACAUGAAUCCUGCAAUGGCGGGAAGGCCAGUCGCAGCUGGAAUGAACGCCAUGGCUAAUCCCCAGCAGAUGGCGGCCAUUAGGCAGAUGCAGCAGAAUAUGGCGAAGCCAACUAACCCAGAGGGAUUUAUGAGGUCGCUACAAAAGUUCAUGAUGUCGCGGAACCUGCCGCUAGAUCCUAACCCCAUUGUAUGCGGCCGUCCGGUCAAUUUAGUUCAGCUCUAUGCUACCGUCAUGAAGCUUGGCGGCUCGAAAAAGAUCACAGCUGCAAACAUGUGGCCUGUCAUAUCCCAGCAAUUGCAGUUCCCUCCCAUGCAGUUCCCCAUGGCGGUCCAGGAGAUCCGUGAGCACUACCAAAGAAACCUCGCUCCUUACGAACAGGCUUUCCUUAGCACGCAACAGAAGCAGUUCGCAGAUCAGAUGCAGCAAAACCAGCAGCCCCGGCCAGCAGAUCCCACAGGGAUGCAAUUCCAGUCCCCGACCGCUAAACCAGGCCCAGGAUUUGAGCCUUCCCAGCAAAUUGCGCAACCUUCUCCCAGCAGUGCAUCGGCUCCGAACAAUGUCCAGCACAGUGCGUCGAAUGGUUUCGCAACACCAACACCGGUGAAAGCACCAGGAAAACAGCCACAGCCACAGCCACAGCCACCGCAACAACAACAUCAACAUCAGCUCAGUAUUUCUCGCCAAUCCCAGCCACCACCAACACCACAAGACCCUAGGGGACAGCUACCUGGUCCUUCACCUGCCCCAUCAGGCAAAGGCCCGGGGUCGAUAUCUGGAAAACCAUCAGAGCCAUUUGAGCAGCCGUCAGAUCAACCAAUGAAGCAUCCUAUCGAGGACCCAUUCAAGCCCAUGGUCUUGCCCGAGAGCAAGCUCCAUGGCCCCAUUGCGGUGGAUGAAAUGUAUCAGCUUGGAGAGGACAUAUCAAGGUUAAAGCCAAAUGUGCCAAGCUUCGGCGAGCUUGGUGUUAUAGACAUACAUGCUCUCACCAUGAGCGUCAAGUCUGGGAUUCAUGCUGAAAUGCGCAUGGCUUUGGAUACGCUCACAUCUAUUUCCGGCGAGCCAGCCAUUCAAAUAUCGCUGGAUAACUGCGAGGAUCUGGUUGAAAGCUUAGUAGAGUGUGCUGAAGACCAAGCUGAACUGCUUGCUGAACAUGCUGCGGAAGUUUCGGAUGUUAUGCUUCUGCCAUCAUACGAGGAAAUAACUCGUGGGUGUCAGUCGGAGUGGGCGUCUCUCGCUGACGUUCCUGAAUUUGGAAGUCUGGACUACGAGCUCGAUCGAGCUGUUGAUCGACUUAUCUGUAUCACAACAAUCUUGCGCAAUUUUUCAUUUACGGAAUCGAAUUUUGGAAUAUUAGCAAUGCCUUCGGUUGUCACAUUCAUCUCGACAAUUAUUCGGUAUCUGGGAACUCGGAAUAUGCUGCUUCGAACACACCAGAAUACCUUGGAUUUCAUGAAGGACACCGUCAUCUACCUGAGCAACUUGGCCCACACCAUCUUAUUACCAGGAAAGGAAGAGGCACUCUGCUUAUUACAUUUCCUCUUGUCAUUUGCACCAUUUCCGGUACCAACUAUGACAGAGAGUGUCAUGUUCACAACAUACAAUGCUUCUAUCCAUAAAUACACGCCAGCAGCCGUGGACAGCUUAGCCAAACUUCUAGCUAGAGAUGAACCGAACCGAUCUUUCUUCAAAGCCAUUUUCUCCGGCGAUGGGUCUAUGGCACCGCAGCACGAGCUACUUACCCGUGCGUUUGGUCUUGCUAUUUGCCCACUUCCCGAUCAGCCUCGAAAACCUCUUGCCAUCGCAGAUGCACGCAAAGUAUUCCUUAUGCAAGGGCUAUUAGCGGCUGAUAUAUUGUCUGCAUUCGCAGAUGGGCCUCUCGCGAAAACAUGGCUUGACUCCGUUGAUGGUUUUGCCAUACAUCUACUCAGACUUUCCUGCCUGUUGAGCACAGAACGCGUCUUCCUUCCAAACCCGCGACAUACCCACGCCCAAAGAGCACAGGCUGAAGCCGAAGCUCAAGCUUAUGGGUCUAUCAUUCAUCGAGGCUUGACAAUUCUUCGAAGGUUAGCUGAGAAGUCGAAGCUUGUUGAAAAUGCCCCCGAAUUGCGGUUUCCCUCUGGAAUCAUACCAAAGAAGGAAAGCCUCCUCGGGGCACUAUUAAUGCCCAAUGUGGAUCCAAGCGUUGUUCGACAGCUGAUAACCUAUGCCCGUCUUGCGGAAUGA